AAAGGGCUGUGUGAGAAAGAGAGGGAGGAGAAUGACAGGAAGAGACAGCAGGUGAGAAAACAAUGAGAUGAGUCUGGCAGAAGAGAAAGAAAUUGAGUUGGAAAGCAUUUGAAGACAUUCUGGAUUCUCCUAAUUGUGAGAUGGUUGUGACAGUGUUACUUAUAUCCAUGGUUAUGCUGACAGCUCAUCUGAUAAAUGGCCACCCCAUGGACAGACAUAUUACAGCCUUUCCUGGAGGAAAUUGCUCAGCUUUGUGUCCAGCAGGACAUUACUCGUUCAAAUGCAAUUGUCUCUCAUGUACCUCGGGUUUCUUCAAUAGUCAGGAGAACAGUGAGGAAAGCUGCCACCGCUGCUUCCAGAGCUGCAAACCUGACUUCUAUAUGGAGGUGGUGAAGAAGUGCACAAGCACAUCAGAUGUACAGUGUCGCUGCAUGGAUGGUUUCGUCUGUACAGAUAAAGAUAAAUACACAGGUCACUGUAAAAGAUGUGAAGCAAUAACAACACCCCCCCCAGACCAAUCCUACACCUCCAUUGUCAUCCCCUCUGUCGCCACUUCAUUCAUUCCCCCACAUCAUCUGAAGAUCUGGCGUGAUAAUGUAUUGGUUUGGAUUUUAAUUGGAUUAAUAGCAGUAAUGUCAUCAGUCAUCGUCCUUAUCGUCUUCUUCCGACUCUGCAGAAAGAAAGAAAAGGAAUGCUUUAAGCAGUUUGUCAGAAGAUGCUCGCUGGGAAAUCUAGAGAUUGAGAGUGAGACCACACCUCCCCCACGCCAACCAAUCGAGCAGCCUCAUGCCCAUGAGAUGCUGUCACAUGCCAGUAAACCCACCAGUCAUAACACAGACAGCUCUUUUCAUCAACCAACAAGCUCUGAACAGGCUGUGCCACCACCUGGCAAUUUAGGCCCUCUCCACAUCUACGGUCCCCAGACAGUUUUUGUUAGUUUGCUCAAUCAGUUUGGAUGGGAUGGAGGAGAGAAAAAAACACAUGAACUCCCAGAAGAAUCUAUAAAUCACAACAAUGUGCCGUGCCCUCAGUCUCCCCCCAUCCAUCUAUCUGAGGAGGAAAGGAGUAAAGAGAGCGAUUUCAUCUUCUUCCCAUCUCAAGAGCAAGGAAAGGAGUGCCAUAUAUCUAAAGAAGAGGUGCUGUGAGGGAUUAUGGAAAAGGAACGUCCGUUCCUUAUUCCAGACUUUUCAACUGCUGUGUGGUUUGUUUUAACUGAUGCUUCACGAGUACCCAGUAUUUAAACUCUAACCCCAGCACGUGGAUUUUGUCUUGAGAGCAGGAGGCUGCAUGAGGGAAAGACCAACAUUAUGGCUGACAAAAGUCUUGCGUAUGAGCUUAACAGUUCAUGACAUCAUUGAAAUAUCACCCAUACCUUCAUGCGUAACUCUUGUAAAAGAUCAGACUGGCAGGCAUGACCUUAUUGGAUGCUGUUGGUGAUUACAAUCAAUUUCAAAAGCAGGUCUUGAAUAACCCGCAGGCCCAAAUCUAUAUCUCAGCACCUCUCUGUCAAAGAGCUUUAAGGCCUAAGACACUCAGAAGACAUAAGAUAUCCCAUGUAUGAGAUAUUUAUGCAAAAUAAAGUCUUCAGUAGUGAAGUCAAUGUAACUGCACCCUGCUGAAAAGCUUAUGCCAAGAUCUUGAUAUUUAACAUUUUCCAUUGUUAAAUAAUACGUUUUUAUUUAUUUUUAGCUGUUAUUAAAACUAUUAUAAUUUGUCAUCAUUGUACUGACAGUUUUUGGUUCUCACAUGCUCAUGCAGUUUUUUAUUAGUCCCUGAUGGUUUAUGUUAUCACUCUUCCUCAUUUCUUUGGUUUUUGUGUGGCAGAUUUUGGAUUGUACCAAAAAAGCCCUGACAUUUCAUGACAUGAUGGUCUGGAAAUGUCAACACUGUUCAUACGUUCAACAACACAAACAACUCAAUAAGCACACCUCAGGAACACACAAAGCUAUUGUGUUAUGUUUAUAUGUUUUAUAUUUACUGAAAUGCAAAUUC